UUAGCCCCAUUUCGAAACCAUGUGAUCCGACCCGCUAUUGCUUUGGCGUCGGCGGUGGUGGUAGCAGGGAAGCUGCGUCCCCUUUGCAUUCUCAAUUUAAGCUUCUUGAAUAAUAUCAUAUAGGCCUGCUCCUCCUCCGUCUACCACUGACAGGAGGAAAUGGGCAAGAAAAAGCAAAUUCUUUUCGGUGAAUCAGAUCCUGAUAUUGAUCUUAAGUCUCUUAUUCAUCAGCAUUCUUUGUUGUUUGACAAGUUGAUUAAACACAUCCCCGCUAAGUUCUAUCUACCCACUGACGAGAAAGAGAAGCCAUGGUUUCAUGGCCUUAGUAAGGGUGCAAAAGCUUCAGCAAAGAAGGAGGCAAGGGAAAAUAUUAAGAAAGCAAGGAGGGAACGUCUUGAUCCUGAGAAGUCUUCUACAACAACCCUUGAUUUGUUGAUGCAAAACUUGGAGAAGGAAAAAUCAAACAGCGAGAGUGAUGGUGAAGAAGUGGAGAUUAAUCCAAUGGUGUCUGGUUUAGAAAAUGAUGACCAAUCAGUCACAUAUGAAGAACUCCGGCAACGACUUCAUCGUAAAAUUGAAGAGCUUCGAGGAGGUAGAGAUUGUGGUAGCUCAGAGAGAUCAAAGAAGAGGAGGGAGAUGAAAGUGACUCUGCAAAAGAAACGCAAGAGGGAAUCUGGGUCUGAAGAAAAGAGGCCUGGCAUGAGUACUUCAUUGGAAAGGGUGGAGAAGGAUGCAGAGGAAGCUACAAAGGAGCUCAAGUUCAGUCAUGUUAAAAUGGGGAAUGAAGAGGAACACGGGAAGAAGAAGAAGAGGAAGGUUUCAAAGUUAAAAGAGCUUGAAAAAGCAAAAGAAUUGGAAGAAGCAAAGAAAGACCCAGAUAAAGGGGGCCUGGUCUCAAAGAAGCAUUCAUGGAAAGCAGCAACAAGUAGAGCUGCAGGAAUUAAAGUUCAUGAUGAUCCAAAGCUUCUGAAACAGAGCUUAAAGAAGGAUAGCAAGAAGCAUCAAAAGAAUAAUGAGAAGUGGAAGGAAAGGGUUGAAACCCAGCUGAAAAUGAAAGCUGAGAAACAGCAAAAAAGAUCAAGGAAUAUAGCUGACAGAAUUGAACGGAAGAAGAUGCGGCGGAUUGAGAAGAGAGAGAGAAAGCUCACGAGGCCAGGGUUUGGAGGUCGCAAGGAAGGUUAUAUCAAUGAAGGUUUAACUUGAGGUGCCUCAACUCAAAAGUUUCUAAUGUUGUGCUAGUCUCCUGCUCUUUUUCUGCCCCAUUUUUUCCUUUUUUCUCUCAUACUUUUUGUAGCAUUGUUUCAAGCAUGAUUUCGUAUCAAAAUGAGCAUUAUUUUUUAAGGAAUUUCUGUUCA